UUCCUAAACCCCAUUCUUAUCCUCGGCCAUGGCUUCCUCUGUUCUCGCCGCCGCCAAGCCUCUCCUCCACCCUUCUCAUCCUCGUACUCCUCCUCCAUCUCGUGGCGCAGGUGGCCCUUGCCUCCGCUGGAGCCUCUCGGCCUCGCGUAGGAGCGCCGCGCUUAGGGUUCACGCCCUCAAAUGUGAACCGUCCAAGAUAGCUCCGCAAGCCGAUCGGGUGCUCGUUCGUCUCGAGGAGCUCCCCGAGAAAUCUGCUGGUGGAGUACUACUUCCAAAGUCAGCUGUUAAGUUUGAACGGUAUCUAAUGGGUGAGAUUCUGUCUGUUGGCUCUGAUGUCACUGAGGUGGAAGCUGGGAAGAAGGUUCUUUUCUCAGACAUUAAUGCAUAUGAGGUGGACUUGGGGACGGAUACGAAGCACUGUUUUUGCAAAGCCAGUGAUCUGCUAGCUGUUGUCGAGUAGAUAUCUAGUAAAUUUAUCAUGUUUGGUCUUCUUAGGUCUGCAUGGUGAUCUAAGUAAGUCAUCUUUUCGUGGUUAUGAUCCUGAAUUUUCAUUUGCAAUGUAUUGUUGAUUGAUACCCAUAAUGCAGGUUGAACCGUUUCCUUCCUCAAAAUUGAUGUUUGCAUGAAAUUCUACCUGGAAUCCAGGUCAAUUAGGGGAUGUUCGGUGAAAGAUUACUUGCACAAGAAUAUAUUUUCUGAUAACGUUCGCAAUCACAAGAAAAUGAUCGACAUAACAUUUGCAGGUGCAGUCUUUUCUUCUUGGGUAACUUAGCCUUACGAGUAUAAUGUUUGGAGAAGAACAGGUAUAUGUCUGUCCACUUCUUUGGGUAACCUAGCUUACAAGUGACAUACUGUUGCAGCAUUGUCAUGUUAGAUUGCAUGUAUAUGAUUUAGGGAAAAACCCUCCAUUUGUUUUUUUUUGGGUCCAGCGUUCCCUACUGGAAAUGCUAGUUAGAUUAGUAUUAAUACAUUCUAUGGAUCGGUUCAUAGGAUAAAUUGAUCCAAUCUCUAUACAUAAGAUUUAUGAUGUUUUUAAAUGAAUUUAUUAAAAAUACUAUGAUUGAGGUGGGGUAAGUUGA